GUGUUUCCUGGAGGUGACUUGCAAAUUCUCAAGAAAAGGCAAUUAAUCUAACAGCUUGAGAUCAAAGACUCUCAGGAAGACUUAAUUCAACUUGCCGAUAUAAAAAGUGGAAGUUUUCAGAAAAGUUCUGGAGUUACUAAUGAAAAAAUAACAGCCUUAACCUUGAACCAUUGCUCUGUCAACAUAAUGAUGGUGAAGUAAGGUAAAUCAUUAUGAUGGAAGUGCAGGCUUCAGAAUGGCAGUGCAACUGAACCUGCCAGAAAAUGAAAAUGACUGGACAAAAGAGGAUAUAAAUCAAUGGUUAGAAAGUCAUGAAACUGACCAAAACCACAGGGAAAUCUUAACUGCACAAGAUGUGAGUGGAGCAAUCCUGAAAUUGUUAACUAAAAAUCACCUUGUUGGUAUGAGCAUUACACACAAACUAGCUAUCCAAACAAAACACCUACUCAAAGAAUUGCAGAAAACAUCCUCUGAAGAUCCCAUUCAGACUUGUAGGAGGAAAAAGGUAGUUAAAAAUAUGAACUCUGAUGAAAGAGGGAAGUGGAGAACUGCAAAGCAAAAACAAUAAGAUAAAGAGAAGGCAGAUAUGGAUGAUGCCUCUGCAAUGAGUACAUUUACUGAAGAUUCUAAGUCACUAAAAUACGUCAUGGAAGAUGAAAUAGGACACAAGGAAAAGCAGACAUCCAUAGAACUGACCUGUGUAUCAUACCCUUUUGAUGAAUUCAGUGAUCCACAUCAUUACAAAUUGAAAUUUUGUCUACAGCCCAAAAUUGGACCACUCAGUCUCAUUGAUCCAAAUGAGUUCAAAGCCUUUGUGAAUACAGAAACAGCCACAGAAGAUGUUAAGAUGAAAUUUAGCAGUAAAGUUUUCAGAUUUGCUUCAGCUUAUUUGAAAAUUGAUGCAUUAAUUUUGGAACCAAUGGAAAAAUUGUUGGCACAAGCCACAAAUGUCAACAUCAAAGUCCUCACUGACUACUUCAGUCUCAUGAUCCACCAGUACUUUGAAGACCAUCAGAUCAAGAAGUGCAUUGGAGAGCCUGUUUUACUGCCAAAAAGCACUCUACCUGACAGUUUUGCUAUUCAAGUAGAUGUCAUUCCAAAAUGCUUUGAAUGUGAACAUGAUUAUUCCCAGGUUAAAAUGCAAAGUUACAACAAUAGAACAUGGGAACAAAGUCCAAAAUUUUCAGUCUUUGUGUGAGUUGGGGCCAGCUCUAAAAUACAUCAUGAAAAAUAAUGCAGAUUCAGAGCAUAUAAAUUAGAUUUAAAAACAACCGGCAAGUCUAGAAAAGAGACAGAAGAAAAAUACAAAGUAAAAAGCAAAUACACAGAGGAACCACAGCUUUUUAAAUUGUUGACAGGAAAAUAGGAUUUGUUAGAUAAUUCAUACUAUGACUGAUACAGUCUUUUAACCAAUAAAUGCCAUCCGAAUCACAUGAAACACCCAAACUUACUAAAGGAAGUUAAAUGGUUUGCAGUGUUAGAGUUUGAUCAUGAAUCUGUGGCAAGGGGGGUAGUCAAAGCUUACAAAGAAAGCCAAGUAGCAAAUCUUCACUUUCCAACAUUUAUGGAAGGGAAAACCACACCAAAUGAGAUUUCUAGUCUGGAUCUUUAUCAACAACUAAGCUAGAUUUUCGGUAAUGGCAGGUUAGACCCUGACAGUGAAAAACAUGAAUCCUUAGGUCCAUGUUCCUGGCAAAGAGAAAAAAUGUCUAAAGUCAGGAAACUGAGUUAUUCUACACAUUAAGAUUUUGUGACAAGAGGGACAUUUUUGGUGGUAUUCCUAUUACUCUUCUCCAUGCAUGACCCAAGAGAUCCCUUCACUGAGAGCUUUUGGGCUUUCUACCAAGUUCUCAAGGUAAUGGAAAAUAAACUGUGCAUUUGUGUACAUUUACACAAAAUGAACAAACAGCAAGAUGUAUCAAGCCAAUGUAUUUGGGCUUUAAGUUUUGAAGAGAUAAAUGGCCCUGCUCUUAAACUAAACUCUGUGACUCAAUUUUUACAGAGGUUUUUGCCAUGUAUUGGAUCAUCUACCAAAAAGGAAGAUGAUACCAUGGUGGCACUGGAAAUUCUCUGUGAAAAUGAAUGUGAGAGUACAAUCUUAGAGAUGGAAAAAAAUAAACUUCUUGAAUUCAAGGUAUCAGAAGGGGAAGACUUCAGAUGAAAUCAUCAGGUAUCAUGGUAGAACUUCAUAUUUUCUUCUGAAAACUAUUCCUCACCUUUUGUCAAAAGAGAUCAGUAUGACAGACUUGAAGCAAAAAUUCAAAACUAGACAGGUUCUUCUAAACCAGCACAAGUCAGAAUUAUUCAUCAGCAUCAUUACCCAGGCUGUGGUGAGAUUACUUUGGCCAUGUAUAUUCUCUGGGAACUAAGGAAGAUCAAGUGUCAUGCUAAGAAACAGACAGUGGAUUUUUCUGAAAUUGGAGAACAAGUGACUAGUUCAAUAAGCUUUAAUAAGCUAUAUUAUAACUAGUAUAAAUACUUACCUGUGACCAUUUUGAACAAGCAAAUAUGUGACCAUUUUGAAGAACAAGGUAAUGUCUAUCUUCUGCAGGCCUCUAUUCAAAUAACAGUAGCUAAUAAGUACAUUUGAUAUGAAAAACCUCUAGUCAUCAUCCUAAAUUGUAUGAAAUUACAGAAUCCUGAAAAAAGUGCAAAGAUCCCAAACAGUAUUGCCGUAAUACAGCUAUCUCCCAAAGAACAGAGAGCUUUUGAGCUUAAAUUGAAAGAAAUUAAAGAGUAACACAAAAACUCCAAAGAUUUUUAUUUCUUCAUAAUCAUAAAAACCAAUUUGAAUGAAAAGCACAUAGAAAAUGUGGAUAUCCUGAAAGGACAAAAUAUUUCCACCAAGGAAGCAAAGUUCUUUUCUGGCUCUUGUUAAUUCAUGUGUGUCUGGUACCACCAUUCCCUAUCACAGUGUGAAAAGUUCUUAGAAAUCACAAACAAGAAGGCUUUCUGAAUGGAAAAGGACAAAACGGGCACCUACACUACAAUUCUGAUAAAAAUAGAGUUGGUGGAAAUGUGGCAACUACCAUGGAAUGCAUAUUACCACCUUCUGAGUGCCUUUUGCUUACUGCAAGAAUUGAAGAUAAACUAUCACUUGAAUAAAAAUCAAACUAUGCUGGAUAUGUUAACAGAAAAUUUGUUCUAUAAUACCGGCAUAAGGAAAACCACAUUCCAAGAUAUGCAAGCACUGCUGCUCACAAGACAGCACAACAAAGAUGAAGGUAAAACAGAAACUUGCUUCUCCCCAUUCAUUGAGGCAUUACAUGAAGAUUAAGGGAGUGUGGCAGUUAAAGAAGUAUUGUUUGAAAGUAUUCAUCAAUUCAACCCAAAUGCAUUCAUUUGUUAAGCCUAGGCAAGACAUUUCUACGUUAAAGAAAAGGACUUUAGCAGUGCUCAGUGGGACAAAUCAAGCAAAAACAUAGAACCUGACAAUUCUUAUAUGUAUCUGAGAUAAGAUAAUAUAAGAUGGUGGAUAGAGGAUAAAAACAGGGACAUUUCAGUUGAUGAUCUAACUGAUCUUUUGGACUUUACAGCACAUGCCUCAAGUACACUCAAAGAAUCUUGACAGCAAAAUGAAGAUAGAGAGUAUGAAGUGAAGGAAAUGUUUUACCAGAAGUCAGAAAGGUAGUAUGAUACUUACGAUAUUGCUAGUUAUCAAGGAGAGAUGGAAGUUGGACUCUUCACAACCGAGAUUCUCCAGAUUAUUUCUUUUUUUGACAAUAAAAAUGAAUUGUCUGAAAUAGACAUGAAGUUUACAUCACAAAGUAGUGCUAUUCCUAGAGAUCCAAGCAAUGAAUUUAAAUUGGCCCUCAAUAACUUUACUUUAACUAAUUUGCAGUUUUCUUUGAAAAAGUCCUCUGACUUUUUUCAUGGUUAUUUUGUUCUUCUAAAGCCCAGGAACAACAGUAAACAAAAUUAACAGGCAGGCCAAAACUCAGAGAAAGUGGCUAUAUAUUUUAAGAAGUAUGCAGAUAUGUUUGGUCUCAGAGGAACCACAAAACAAAGUCUUGGAUCAAAGCUUAGUUUGCCAUUUCAAGUAGAGCCAUAUUGAAGAAGCCUAGACAUUUUCAAAGCAGACACAUUUUCUGGACUCCUGGAAUAUCUUUAUCAAAAGUCAAGAAUCACCAUGGAAGAUGUAGUAAACAAUCAUACUUUUCUCUUUGAACCAUACACUGUCAGAACCCAGCCCCUAAAACAGCAAAAUUUCACCUUGGCCAACAUCAUUCUCUACUAUAUUAAACCUAACUCCAAAAUAAUGAAACCAAUCGAAAAACUGAAAGAUCAUCUUCAAGAACUCUUGAAACAAACAGGACUGACAUACUUCCUCAUUUCCCUCUUAUUCUGGCCAGAAAACCAACUAGAUCAAGAUUCUGAACAAAAGGGCAAGAAUGCUCAGUCACAGAAGGGGCAAUAUAAACAUAUGUAUCAGACGAAGCGACCAAUUGCAUAUUUCUUUCUUGGGAAAGGUAAAACUAUGAACAAACUUGCUGACCGAAGAAAAAUUGAUGAAUGCUUUGGAAAGACACCUGACAUUAAUUCCUUGUGGCCAAGUAGAAAUGUAUGGAGGGAGGAAAAUAUCCAAGAACUUCUGCUUCAUUUAAAGGCAUGAGCUGAAAAUAAUUAGUUCUAGAUAGAAUAUGGAAUCAAUGAAAAAAUCACAAUACCUGUCACACCUGCUUUCUUGGGUCAACUUAGAAAUGACAGAAGCAUAGAAAAGGUGUCUUUUUACUGGGAUUAUUCACUGCAGGCCCACUUGCUUAUGUUAGGACACUGAGAUUAUUUAAGAGCUUAAUCUUUUCCUUCCAGGAAUGUGAUCUCAGUACCACUUAAAUUUUUUAAACUAAAUGCCUAUACUUUUAAAUAGGCAAAUUUGUAGAUACAGCCCCUGGCUUUUCAGCCCUAUACACACAAUAUUUACAUUUCUUUUUAAGCAUGUUAUGAGUCCUAUACAGACUGUGGUAAAAUAGGAAGGAGUGAGAGAUGUGGAAAGUAUCAAAUAUCUUUGCUGGUUUGGAUAACACCAUCAAAGAAAAGAUAAGAAGGAACUACGAAUGGAAUGCGUAAAAGUGAAUGUAAUAAUUCAGCCAACUGGAAGUCUAUCAUUUCACCCAAUUACCCAAUGAAGGCAAGGAUUAAGGAAAAUCAUCCACUUUCUUUUCAAGUGUGAAAGCUAUGGUUCUGAGACAUUACAGUAUCUAUGAAACAUUUCACCUAAAAAAAAGUGACAACUUCUCAGACUGAGGAGCAACUUUAUUCUUACCAGGCAGACCAGAAAUGUACCAUGUACUUGGCACUCAAGGACCUUUCAAAGCAGAGGACCAACCAGUUCUUUGAAGGCCAUACCCUAGAAGUCAGUUGUUCUUACCAAAGUUGGACAAAGAAUUAGAUUGCCUUUUCAUGCAGGACGAAGCAGUUGAGCAAAAGUAAAAUUUAUCUCUACAGCUAAUAAGCUUAUAGACAUCACUCCAAACUAAUAUAAAUACACCCAAACUCCAAGACUAAUGAAUGAAAAGGACUCUUGAGAAAAGGUUAAUGAGUUCCACACCCAGGGGAUCUCAACAAACUAGCAAGUAUAUAUAUGUACAUAUAUAUAAAACCUAUGUGCUACACAAGCACAACCAGUGAGAUACAAUCAAAAUGCAAUUUUCCCUAAAAAGUUAUGGAUAUGGGAAAAAAAUCAAUGGUUUGUAAAACUUAUGUGAAAAUGAUAAAGAACUUUAUAACAGAUGAAUCAGACUAUCCCAAAUCCUGAUCAACAUUAACAUUUCAGAGAGAGAGCCAGACAUUGUAGGCCUAGAAGUACUAUCAGGGUAUAUACACCACCCAUGACAUAGUCUUGUCAAAUAACUGAACCGGAGGCUGAUCAAGUCUCUGGCUCUUACUUCUAAUUUAAAGGAAGUACAGAUGUUGGCUAUGCUUCAAACUAAUUCCAUGUUUGGGAUAAGGGAAUGAAGAAAAGGAAGUCAAUAGGCAAUGUGGCUGCAACAAAUUCAGACCUGAGUUAAUUGCUGCAAGAUGAAUACAGGGGAGGUCAUUAUACUCUUCUCUCUUCUUUGGACCAUGCUUUUGAAAUUUUCUGUUAUAAAACAUUUGUAAAAGAAAACAAACAAAAAUGCAAUUUAUUUCUGUUUUCACAAUCCCAUGCAAGUUUUUUCACUGGGGGAAGUUUUUCCUUUGCUCCUGCAUGAAAUUUCAGCUCCAAAACUUAUCAGUUCAUUCACUCUUGGUUUAAAAAAGAAAUCCUCUGGUCAAAUAUAAUCUCAGUUCAGAGAUGACAAUGUCUAGUCACAUUUUUCUUUGGGACCACUUCCCACUCUGCCCCAGAUUUUCAUCUACUCCACAUAGAACUGUCUGCUGGAGUCCUCUUGCUCUCUGAGGUGAUUCUUUUGAACUUAAAUUAAAUUAAACCAGUGUAGGCAAGCGCUGUCUCCCCUGUGACCUACCUUGGGUACACAGGAAACACUCAUGGAUAUUUGUUCUGCCAUUGAUAAGGAGUGCAAUUAAUUGCCAGUCUUGGGAAAAACAUGCCUCAUAAAGUCAAGGGGGCACAGGUCAAACAAUCCAAGUAGUCCUCUUGAGGACCCCCUCUCUGUUGGGUUAAGAUGAGAUUCUUGUGGUGACUGGGAGAACUUUUGCCAAAGAGCCUCUUCAUAAACCCUUCCUUCCUCAAUGCCAGCAGUGGGCAAACUACAACAUGUGGGCCAAACCCAGCUGCCUGUCUUUUAAAUAAAGUUUUAUUAGAACAGAGCCACACUCAUUUGUUUAAGUACUGGCUUUGCCUGCUUUUGCAUUGCAACAACAGAGCUGAGUAUUUACAACAUAGACCAUAUAGCCAGCAAAUCUAAAAUAUUUACUAUCUGGCUCUUUACAGAAAAAGUUUGCUAACCCUUACUCUAUGCUGUCAACAUUUUUAUGUCUUUAAUGUAGGUUAAUUGUCUCACUAGUUCUUAGACAUUUACUUUGAAAAAAUGAAUUUUUGAAUAUCAUCUAAUUUUAGUAUCUGAUCUCUAUCAUUUUAGGGCCAAAGUUGAAAUUUAACAACCUUUUAACACACAAAAUCUAUUUUUCACAUUAUAAUAAUCAAGGUCCAAUUUUCCAAGGAACAGCAGAGUAAUGUGUGUGAGUUUUCCUUCUAGAAGUAAAAAAAAAAAAUAAACAAAUUAUGUUGGAUAAAUUCAACAAGCACAUUGAUCUAUCAUAAUUCUCUUUACCCAUUUAUCUUCAUAUCUUCCUUAGAUCUAUGGAAUUUGGUCUUAAUAAAUAGAAAUUUGGAAAGUGAGAUUAGUAAUUCACUCUUCCAUAGGCCAGCAGCUCACAACUGAACAGAAUGCUCUAAGAUAUUUCUCCAAGGGGGCAUAUUCUAUCUCCCAAUUCAUAUAGAGCCUAGAGGGAGAAGGCAUCAAAAUUUUUUAAACUGACCUCUUGAAAGUCAUUGAUUAGGUCAUUAUAAAACAGCAGUUUCCCAACUCAGUGUUCAAAAGGGAAUGUUUAUCAACACUAACAAAACAAAUAGUGGCAUGAACAAAUGUAAUGAACUUCGGAAAAGUACAAAAUUCUGCUUCUGGCUAUUUGGAAUGAGGAUUAGCAAAAAAACUCUCAGAAAGUAAUACCAAAGGGAAGAUGAUUUAUUAAACAAAUAAAAAACUGAUUUAUUUAUCUUAAAAAAUGUACUUCAUUUCCUCACUUAUUUUUAUAUCCCUUGCUCCUCCAAAGGUUUCCCUGCUGCACAACUUGGAACACACUAGAAAGAGUUCACAUGCACUGAAAUGUUCAUAGAUUUUUUUUUCACCUUCUCUAUUGUCAAGAAGCCCAGCUCCAGUUAAAAUAUGUACAGUAUUAUUCUUUGUUCUUUUCUGUAUUUUAAAAUUUAAAUAUGUAUGUACACUAUCAUAAUAUUGUGGCCAAGCUUCCAAUUCUAAGGCAGUUUUUACAGCCUGAAAGUCCUACGUCACCACUGAAUAUGUCUCCAGUAAGUCAAAAAGUGCAUUUCCUUUCAUUAGUGGAAGGAGGAAAUUGUUCAGUUUGAAAUCCAGAAACCUACCUUUUAGUAAGAUGCUAUCAUCAUUUAUUUCUAGUUGCAGGAAAUAUAGUUUAAGCCCAUAUUUUAGUGAUUCACUUAAGAUGAUGAGCUACAAGUAGGAAGGAAGCAGAUGGCACAUUCAAAAGAAGUCAUUUGAAAAGAGUUUAAUAAAGGAACUAUUUAUAAAAAUAUAGGUGAGGCUUAGGGAAGUCCCAAGGGAUCAAAGCAAUACCCCGGGGCUAGCUACUAACAUCAGGAGCCUAAGCUUGAAGGGGCAAGAGACGAGGACCUGUUAGCAGAAGCCAGCAGCGGACAUCAGGGAGAACUGGAGGGAGAU